AACAACAACAACAACAACAACAACCGCCGCCAUGAGUGCGGAUGAAGAUGUGUGCGUGUGGUUUGUGGCCAAGGAUGGCCUGAAGGCGACGCAGGCCCUGAAGGUGGAACUGGAGUCUCGCGACUACUCCGUGCGUACCAUUGACGUCGUGGAGGACGUGGAGGAGCUGCUGGAGCUCAACGACGCUGAUCACUUUGGACUCAUCGUGCUCAUGCACACCAAGGCGCUCGCAGAGCACCUGCUUGAUCACUACGACAUCCUGGCCCGCGCGACCAGCCCCAUUGUUGCCAUUCAGCUCGUCAACCCGCGCGCCAAAUCGACAGAUGAGCGCACGCUGCACUUUGUCAUGGGCCUGGACGCCUCCGUCAAGCACGUCCUUUGGAACACGGCCACGGGCACGCGCACCAUCCCGCUACCGGUCAUGGCCGAGCUUGAAGCCGGUCUUCGCAAAUCCCUGCCUGACUCUCAGAUUGAGGAAACACUGUUUCACAGCGAAGAGUCAAAACACGUGCACUUUGAUGAGGGCGGCACGCGGCGGCAGCGGCUGUCGCUCGCGCCAGACGAGUACAUUGAUGUGGUCAUCACGGGUGCCGAGGGCAGCUCGCGGGAGGUCUCUGUCGACAGAUCGUCUGUCGCGUCAUCCGCCAUGCCGAAGCGGCCAAGCAUCAUCAGUGUCGACAGCAUUGUCUGGCCUGCGGAGUAUGAUGAAGAGGAUGGUGGUGAUGGGAGGAGCACGCGUGCCACAACAACCCCCUCCAUCCGCAGCUUUGUGAGCAGCGAUGAUGAGGGCGGGCACAACGACGACGACGACGAUGAUGAUGACGAUGAUGAGGAGGAAGCCAAGAAGUUCAAACCGUCUGUGACGGCGACAAAAGAGCAAGCAGAGGCGAUGCUGAAGCGACAGAAGGUGCCCGGGUCUUUUCUCAUGUGGGAGAACCAGACCACAGGCAACGUCAACCUCAGCAUGGUGGGGACGUCGGGCAAGCUGGAGCACCACAGCCUGAAGCGGACCAACGGCAUGGUGAUGCUGGACGGGCGCACCAUGUCCAAGACAUGCACGUCGCUGCAGGAUGUUGUGCAGCACCUCACCGCCGACAAGGAGUCACUCUCGUGCACGCUGCGCCGGGUGUCGCCGGCCGUGCAGGGGCGCCAGCGGUCGCGGUCUGACAGUGCAUGUACGCGGUCCCUCGUGUCAGCUCUCAUCUCCCCAGCCCCGUCGCCGGGGAUGCAGCGCAGGCCACACCCGCUCGACACGACGACAGCAAGCAGUACAGCCAGUGGCGGUGACGCGCGCAGGGGCAGCUUUGGCUGGCGCCGACCAAGCAUCCUCAAGGUCGGCAAUAGGAUUGGCAACAGCAGCGACAGCCUUGCGAACAUGCCCCGGUCGCCGCGGCCAAAGCGCAGCAGCCUGGCUGUGCCACCCGUGCACUACCACCACAGCAGCAGCGGCGGCAAGGCCAGCAGCCCGAACACCACCGCCAGCAGCACCAACAAUGGCGGGGGCGGUAUUGGCCGUGGGGGGCUUGCGAUGAGCAACCUGGGGCGCGGGUCCAUGCCUGACCUCCGUCGCUCCCCCGCGGUCCGCCGCAAGACGCCCGAGCCGCUGUAUCGUGCCGUGCACCAGCGCCAGCACCGGGGCUCCAUCUCCCCAUAUGUGGCCUGGGAGGGCGUGCGGUCUGCCAGCUCGUCGCCAGCCCCGCGCCGCAGCUCGCGUGCGCUGCCUACCGACCUGCGCCGACCCAUUGAUCUGCAGACGUUUGUGUCGGUGGAUAUGGACGAGACGUACAGCGACGACGCCCGCAGCGUGGGCCCUGGUGGCGCCCGCCGCGGCAGUAGCGUCAGCAGCAUUGGCGGCGGCGGUGGCGGACGUCGUGGCAGUAUUGGUGUCGGUGGGGUCGGUGGUGGACGGGACCGGCGGGAGUCUCGGCGAAGCAGCCACUAUCCCCUGGCCAAGGGGUCGCGCGACAGCAGCCGGGAUGCAGCCGACAAUGAUGACGAGGACGACGGCAGCCCCAUGUGCCUGCGGUGGGCGUAUGUUGUGGCUGCGCUGUGCGUGCUGGCUGUGCUGGCGAUUGUGUUCCCCGUGAUUCGCCUGAAGAGCGGUGCGCAGGGGCGCAACACGGCGGCGGGCGCACCCAACGGCACCAACGCAACGACCACCACCAUUGGCACCGGCACAGCACCAACAACGGCAGGCACCGCAACCACCACCCUACUCCUCCCCUCAACAACAACAACAACAACAACGACGACGACGACGACGCUGCCGGACGACCUGCUGCCUGCGUGGCCAGAUGUGCUGCAAUUGCCGGCGGAGAGCGAGGCAACGGCAGUGUACACGAGCAGCAGCGCGGCCACGGUCACGGUGGUGGGCGGCACCCCAGGCGCUGUUGCCGGCGGUUCGCACAGCGGCGGCAGGGAUGCGUUUGUGCUGCACAUUUCCAAGCAGAGCGGUGAGCUGCUGUGGAGCGCGCAGCUGGGCACGCCCGCGGACGAUUACGCAACCUCGGUUGCGGUGGACGAGGCGUCCGGUGACGUCAUUGUUGGCGGCGGCACGCAGGGUUCACUGUAUGGGCCACUGAUCGGCGAAGAGGAUGCGUUUGCCGUUCGUUUGGACGCGGGCACGGGCGCGGUGGUGUGGAGCAGCCAGGUUGGCUCGCUUGGUGGCGUGGACAACUACGAGAGCGUUGCGGUGCACGGCGGCAUUGUGUACGCGACAGGCCAGACGCGCCCGGCAACGAGCGAUGCGGAGGUGGUGGUGGCAGCACGCAACGCCACGACGGGGCAGGUGCUGUGGACGCGCGUGUUUGGCUCGAACCGCUACAACAGCGGGCGCGGCCUGGCCGUGGACAAGGGGACGGGCAACGUGUUUGUCUCCGGCCGGAGCAACGGCCCUGUGGCGGACGGCGCGUCUGCCUUUGGUCGUGACGACGGGUUUGUUGUGCGGCUCGUGCCUGCAGGCAACGACAGCAGCGUGGCGUGGGCCACGCACCUGGGCACUGGCGGGAUUGACCGCGCCAUGGCGCUCGCUGUGGAUGACGACAACGAUGAUGGUGCUGGUGGUGGUGCCGGCGGUGGCACGGGCACGGGCACGGGCGACGUGUUUGUGGUGGGUCAGUCGUUCAGCGACUGGAGCAGUGGUGACGAUGACGAUGCGCUUGUCAACCAGGGCAGCUCGGACGUGUUUGUGGUGCGCGUCGACGCAAGCAGCGGGGCAGUCGUGUGGACGGCGCUUGUUGGCAGCAGCGGCACGGACGUGGGUGCGGGCGUUGCUGUUGCCAACGGGACGGUGUAUGUCGCUGCGCUGAUUGAGGGCGGCCUUGCUGGUGCUCCACGCGCCACGGAGACGGAGAGCGACGUGGCUGUCUUGGCGUUUGACGCGCAGACGGGCGCACACGUCCACACGCAGUUUGUUGAGACGGAGGGCGCGGAGACGGUUGGUGGCAUUGCGGUGGACGCAGCGGCGCGCAUGGUCUACGUUGUUGGCUCCUCCAACGCCGUGCUUGCAAGCAACACCCCCGACGAUGGCAAGGGCCGCGCCCUCCUGGCUGAGCUCAGCAUGGACCUGUUUGGAUUCUGA